UCAGUUUGUUUACAUUUCGUCUUAACAAUUAACUAAACAACGCCUCUUGUUAAAAGGUUUCAAUUGUCAAUUAAUUUCACCAAUAAUCUCCAUUGAUGAUAGUUAAUUAGUUAUUCUAAUCAUGGUUCAAUUAAAUGUUCUCAAAUUUUCCAAUUUCUAUUAUAAUCAUUACUUUAUUUUUCUUUCAUCUUUGGUUUCACUUUUUUCUUUCACUUUUUCUUCAUCUUCAGUCUCAUCAUCUUACUCUUCUCUCUCAUAUGAUCCAUUAUCUUCAUCGUCAUCAUCAUUGUCUUCAUCUUUGACAUCAUCUUCUUCAAAUGGUUGGAAUCUAAGUACAACAAUCAAUCCAAAUUGUGAUGAUUAUCAGUCUUGCACCAGACUAACCAGUAAACCCGAUGUGAUUUAUACCCAAUCAAGUGAUGCAAAAAAUUCAAUUCACUUUAUCACCUCAACUUUGGGAGGUUUUCCUGGUUUAUUAAUUACCCGAACCGAAUCACCUGAGGCCUUGAAAAUUAAUUGGGACUCAUUAUUAGGCGAUUGUAAAGGAAGCUUUGAUUUCUCUGUUCUUCCUCAAGAUUCAAUUGGUAUUCUGUUGUUGAGCUUUUUUGAUUUUGACCAUAAAGAUAUUCACUGGACACUGGGAAAUAAUUCACACGCUAAUUGUGACUCAUCAAAAUGCUCAUUUAAUUAUAACGCUGAUUCUAUUGAAAAGAAUGAAAUCAUUUCCAUUGGUCUUAAUAUCGCCAAUGUCCAAUCUUCAUUCAAGGAUUUCCCUCAUCUCCAAUUCACACCCUCGUCUAUGCACAUCGAUCUUGAAAUGUUCAAUUUGGAUAAAAGUCGAAUUGGUCCACAGGCUGGAGGAAUUAAAUUGUUAAUUGUUACAUCGGGAAAAAUUUUCACCGAGAAACUUGAUCAAAGUAUCGACGAUGAACAUUCACCGGGCAUAUUUACGAAAAGGAGUUUCAUUUUCUCGAAGCAAAAUUCAACUUCGUCAACUUCGUAUAUUCAAUGGAAACCAAUUGCCUACAAAUCAAAAGAACGAGUUAUGUCCAAAACUUUGGCAAUCGAUUCAUCAACUUUAACUCAAACUGAUUUACCGAAAUUUAAUUUACCUCUUUAUUGUUUCUAUCAACAAUCAACUGUUGAUCUUUCGGUUAACUUGUUGAAUGUCUCAUUUAUUGAAGACUCUGAUUCCUCGGAUCAAAAGAUUGACCUCAUCGCUUGGACUCUUGUUUUUGGCCUUAAUUCACCAGCUGAAGAUAAAUUAUCUUUAUUUAUACAAUUAAUGAUAUUCGUUGGUGUUGGAUUGUCAUUAAUUGUCAUGUUUAUCAGUUUAACUUACGUAGCAAUCAAAAAAUGGCAAAAGUCCAGAGCUCAAAGAGAAUCUGGUCUAAUUAAUGAAGUUUUUCUCGAUUAUUGAGUGAGAAAAAUCACCAAUUAAACAAGUGAUCAAAUUUAAUCUACUACAAUCAAAUUAAUUACUAAUCAAUGAAAACAAAUUUUCCUUCCGAACCCCAAGCAAAACCAAACAAACGAUAAAAUAGGAUUUCGUACAAUUUUAAUUAAAGACUACUAAAUAUUUUUAAUAAAGAUUUUCCAAUCAUA